AGCGAGAGUCUAUGGGCAGUGUUUCUACGACGCUCGUGACCGCGUGCAUGCAGUGGUAGGAGCGUAAGAACGGACGCUGGCACGUGAGCACGUGGAAGCGCAGACUGUCCAUCCUGUAAGGCAUCAAGUGUGUAUGUACUUUACCGCGACCCGGGUUGCCGUCAGAUUGCUGCUGGAUAUAUGACGCAAAGAGAGCGAAAUACAGACAGGCUGACGCACAGAUAGCUCAGCAGAAAUACAAGCGGAGAAAGUGAAAGCAAGCUACCCAAAGAGAUUCAAAGAAAAAAGAAGGCGAGAGCGCGCGCGAUCGAGUAGAAAUAAAGUAAGAUUGUUAGUGAAGCAGAACACCACAUCAUCGGUACCGAGGAGAAGAACAGAAAUUCGUGAUGGAUGGGAACCGCUACACUCUCGUCUUUGCCAUCAUCAGUGUUCUCGCCGUGAAUAAAGGCAUCGGUAUCAAACUCUCGCCCGAUUACGGCUCCAUCUAUCGGACGGCUCCUGCAAACACGCGCGUGCUAACGAUGCACGUGCAGCCGAACGCGACAGGCACCGUCUUCCAGAUACUGGAGCUACCUGACGAGAGUGAAGGCGAGCAGCAGACGGUCGACGACGUCGGCAGCGACGGCAGCGACCACUUCACCAUCGACUCGCGCACGGGCGACAUCACGACGCGCGCGCCUAUCUACGCCGCCAUCGGUCACGUAUACACACUGCUCGUCGACGUCGAGAGCGACAGUGGCGACGCCUCGCGGAGCGUCGCCAUCACGGUGAAGCCAUACAACGAGCUCGCGCCGACGUUCUCCGAGCCGACGUACGCGGCGGUGGCGCGUCGACCGACGCCCGUGAACACGCAGCUAAUCACCGUGCAGGCGUCCGACACAGACGACGUGUAUUACGUCAUCGAGCCCGUCGGCGACUUCAUGUUCUUCAGCGUCGGUCCAGCGGGAGAGAUCUACGUCGACAGAGAGUUCGUACCCGAGAAGUUUCUCUACACGAUACGACUAACUGCUGUGGACACGGGGUCGCCCGAGCGACAGUCUUCAGUCGACGUCGACAUAUACGUCACAGACAUCACCGCCCCGCGGAAUCUGCGAGUGGCGGCGGGAACAACGCGCUCCGAGAUCUGCUGGAACACCCCCGACUCGAGCGCGCAGCUUGGCAGCUACGUCAUCAAGUUCUGGCAAAAGCAGACGCCUGACGUCAUCGCUACGGACAACAUCACGCUAGCCGAACCGGAGCAUGGGACGGACACGGACGAGAUUUGCUGGACGCUGGCGAACCUUGAGCCGGAGACUUCGUACGAGGUGGAGAUUAGCGCCUACGACGUCAACAACAACCCUGGUUACCCAGAGCAAGCCGAGUUUACGACGUCGCAGGACUUCUGUGAGCAGUCCCCGUGUAUACGUGGGCGCUGCAAACUGACAAUCCUGUCACCCGGUUUCUCUUGCGUCUGUCAAACCGGAUACGAAGGCCAUCUCUGCGACACCAACAUCAACGACUGCGCGUCGAGGCCUUGUCAAAAUGGAGGCACGUGCGUCGAUAAAAUCGGCGCCUAUAGAUGUCGCUGCAAGCCGGGCUACAGCGGGCAUGACUGUGGAACAUCGCUGAGAUGCCCUGCCGAGAGAACCGAGUCGUCGAAAGGCGUGUUCCUGUGGCGAUCGACGGAGCACGGGCGCGAUGACAGCGCGCCCUGUCCGGCGGGAGGGUUUGACGUCAGCGACCAACCGGUCUUCGCCUCACGCCACUGCAGGGCGAUGCUCACGGGCGGGGUCGUCUGGUUGCCACCGGACAUUGGUCACUGUAAGAAUGAGGCUUCAGACGGCGCCAUUACGACGCUAGAGGGCCUACUCGGCGCGAUCGGCAACGGAACACAGAUGUCGCUGGCGUCGUUGGCCUCCCUCACUCUCCAGCUAGAGGACCUGCUCAGCAUUGCCUUAGAAGAUCUGCAGGUGGCGCACCGCCUCAUGGGUGUGAUCAGUAACCUCAUGGAUUUAGACGCAGCUGCCAUCGGUGACCAGGAAGCGCUGAGAAACGUCAGUAAAAGACUUCGCGGCAUCGUGCACGCGUACACGGCCAUGGUCCGCAUACCGAACGGCGACGCAUCUCUGACGCUGAGCACUCGCAACCUGGAGCUGACGGUGCUCGACGUGCAGCCACACCAGAGCAACGAUGCGAUCCCGUACUCUCGCACGCCGUCAACCGUACGCGACGUGCGUUACCAGCCGAGGCCGAACCCGCCCGCGCGUCGCACGAGAACAAACACGUCCUCGAUCGUCUGCCGCAAGCGCACGCGUGUCACACAGCAGCGAUGA